CAACCUCUUCAUGAGAACUACUUAAACCUUAACACAAACUAAACUAAAACUCAGUUGUAUCCGACCAUCACAAAAUGCAGAUCCUUGUGUUGAUCCUCGGGACCGUGCUGCUUUCCAAAGCAGCCUGUGCACUGACAUGUUACCAGUGCAUACCGAGCAUCUCUGGAAGCUGCACUCAGACAACACAAUGCCCUUCCAAUACUCAGUGUGGUUCACUUAGAUUAACUGCAUUUGUAGGUGGUUCACAAGUUUCUGAUUUUCAACUAAAAAAUUGUUCUACGGCUGAACUGUGCAUCAAUGGCUCAGUCAACUUUGGAACUGCCGAAUAUGUAGCUACAAGCAGUUGUUGCAGCUCUGAUCUUUGCAACUCUCAAGAUGCCCCUGUUGCAAGUUUAUCUUCUCCAAAUGGGAAAACGUGCUUCACAUGUGACGGACAAGUUUGCAACAACACUCUAAACUGCAAAGGAAAUCAAGACUACUGCAUCUCAGCAAACUUCACUGCAGCAGCAGGGGUGACUUUAAAGGGCUGCGCCUCCAAGGAGAUUUGCGCAAGCAUUCAAGCUACACAGAUUCCAGGACUCGGUGGAGCAGAAAUCAGCUGCUGCAAGGGUAACCUCUGCAACAGUGCCAGCAGUUCAACUACCGGCAUUCUGCUCUUGGUGGCACCACUGAUCUCUCUGAUCUGGAUCUCUUAGGUGAUGGAAACAAUAGCAUCACAACUCAAUUUUUCUUCUCAUCUUUACAGUGUUACCACUAUAGCCACAGAACUUAGAGCAAAUAGAAAAUUAAUAAAAUAGAAAAUCAAAAUAAAAAAUGUUUUUAUGUUAUUGAAUAUGUUAUCACAUCUGACCACAGCACUUCCCCUCAAGCUUUCCCUGAAUCAUCUAGCUGUUCACUGGGAAAGACAGGCCUGUUGAACACAGGGACCUUGCGGGCGCUGAAGGCUUUUAAUCCCUUAAACUGUGUUCUGUUUCCAUUGGUGUUUUUGGUGACUGUAGUCUCAGCUGUCAGAUCAUUUAAAAGCUCUUCUGGUGUAACUUUGAGCUGAUCUACCACUUUUCUCAUAAUCAUCCUCACCCCAUGAGGCAGGAUCUUGCAUGAAAUUCCAGCGCAAUGGCGAUUGAUAUUCUUUUUAUAUUUUUUCCAUUUCCAAAUAAUUCCACUAACAGUUGUCACCUUCUCACCAAGCUUCUUCCUGAUGGUCUUUUAGCCCAUUCCAGCCUUGUUCUGGGCUACAGUCUUAUCCAUGGUGGUGGAGAGGUUGGAAUGGAAGAAACAGAUUCUGUGGACAGAUGUGCUUUAUACACAUAAUCUGCUGAGCUCAGGAAUAUCUGUAAUUGAUUGAAUGAUUGGCUGGGUUGUAGAGAAUCAAAUAUUUUUUUCAAUCAGUGUCAUGCAAAUCAAUUUAUAAUUUUCAUGUAAUGUGUUUUUUCUUUAUUUCUGGUUGAUGCUCUGUCUAUCC